GUUUGCCGGCAGAGCUCCCGUCUGCUUGCCUUUCUUUGUCCCUGCUGGGAUGUCCGUCUGCGGUGAUCCGCCGACGAAUCAACAAAACUGCAGCUCCAUGUCCAUGAACCGCGAUCCAGACGCAUGGUGGCGGAGAACAUCAGCAUCUGAAAUUGCUGUUCUCCUGUUUCUACCAAAGAUGACAUAGUUUGCUCUCAUUACCGAAGAGAGACAGAGAUGACCACGCGUCCAUCAACACAGCGCUGGCUGUCUACACCGCCCCCACCCUCAAGGGCACUCUUGAACCUUCAAAAACAAGGACUUGAGUUGUCUGCUUCACAGUCUCAGACCUCUCUGUACUCAACCUCAAGUCAUGUAUCUGGCAAGUCUGGGGCGUCCGAUCGGGACAAGCCGCUGCCACUGGAACCAUCUGAAAAGAAGAAGAGAAGGUCGUCAAGCGUUUACAGUACAGACACUACCAUUACCAACAUAAUUCGUAUGUACAACGACUACAAAGAGUUGGUCGAGUCACCAGGGUUGCCGACGGCCAAUCAAAUCCACCACCCACACGACUAUCGAGAUACCAUCGCCCCAUUACUCAUCAAGCGUUUGAGCAUCAGUAAAUCCCCUGUCCCACAAAUACCCGCCUUUCCAGACCCUUCAGAUAGUACUUCCAAUCUCUCCGUCAGGUCGGCACCUGUUCAGGCAGUCACUGCGCAGUCGGGCAAUAUAACUGCUCCAAGCUUUAUGGAGUUUUCCCGAAGUCUGCAGCAACGAAAGAACGAACUGGCUUCACCAUCAUCCGUGGCUUCGACAGACCCUCGACAGGUAGCUUAUGAUCAAUUGGCACCUCCGUCACCACAGGUGUCCUCCGUUGAGAUGUCGCUAUCCAUUUCACGGACCCCUCCGCUGCUUGAUGCUAUGACAGCAAGUAUAUCAGAUGUUGAAGAGUCUGAUCUUCUACCUCCGCCCCUAGGGAUGUCAAGCUCAGGUCCACCAAGUCCAGUUUCGGAUGAGUGGGAGGAAGAGUCCGAGGCUCAGAGUCCCAGAUCAAAAGGGACGACCAACGAUCAAUCUGACGUUGGCACGUCUGGUAAGCAGUAUUCAGGAGAAUGGCUGGAGGAUGGCAUUUUCCAAAGCCCCGUGUCUGGCUCGAACAAACCUUGGGAGAAGACAAGCUUUCGGCUGAGGAAGAGUGCGGCCGAGAAAGAGCAAGAGCGCAUCCUGUCAUAUGCAGCAGCAAAAUAUCCUGCCAUGAAUGGCAAUGCUGCAUCUCGAAAACGAUCGCGGAACAGUAGCGCAAGGUCGAGUUCGCAACAGGGAGUCUCCAGUCUGUUGAGGUCUGUAUCUCGCACCAAGGAGAAGGCAGAUCCGGUGCAAGAAGAAUCAUUUCCAGAAAGACCGCUGGCUAAACCUGCGACACCUUACCAGGUUUAUGGUCCAGAGAUCUGGUCGGAAAAGACCAAGAAGAAGCAGCAACGACAACAGCAACAAUUUCAGCAUGGCCACAACCGGAGCAAAUCCCGCGAACUUGUGAAUGCUUAUCAGAACGGCCAGAGUCAGUUCGUUGGCGUGAUCGAGAAGCUCACCAGAAGGACGUCACAGAAGCGACGGCGCAAACUGAAGCAAAGCAUCGUGUUAGUCGGUCCAGAGGUGAAGAAGGGCAAAAAUGAUGCUUCCAAAAGACCUGAUGAAGAAGAUGGAGCCAGCUGGAUUUGAUUCAGCACGCAUAGACGCUGGAGUCUGGACCUAGAUGCAUGGCCAUAGCCUUGAUAGAUAAUUGAGAAUACCAAAUAGA